AUGGUCGACAAGAUGGAUCACGAUCAUGAAGAACAUGAGCAUGAAAAGGAUUCAUUUGAGCACUUGAAAGCAGAAUACUACGAGGGAAAGCAUCUUUCAGCUCCUGUCAAGGAAAUCCAGGACAAAUGGAAGCUGUUGCCCGCCUUUUUAAAGGUCAAGGGUCUCGUCAAACAACACAUUGACUCCUUCAACUACUUUAUCAAUGUGGAUCUACGCAAAAUCAUAAAGGCCAACGAGAAAGUAACAUCAGAUGUAGACCCACACUUUUACCUCAAAUACACAGGCAUUCGUGUUGGCAGUCCAGAACGUACAGAUGCAGAUGUCGCCAACCGCAGCUACACACCACACGAAUGUCGUCUGCGUGAUUUGACCUACUCAGCCAACAUUUUCGUUGAUGUCGAAUACACCCGUGGAAGACAGAUUGUCAAGAGAAAGAAUGUCAUGAUUGGUCGAUUACCCAUCAUGUUGAGAUCAUCGCACUGUGUAUUGACAGGCAAAAACGAAGCAGAAUUGGCCCGUAUGAAGGAAUGCCCUCUUGAUCCAGGAGGCUACUUUGUCGUCAAGGGAACAGAAAAGGUCAUUUUGGUGCAGGAACAGCUCUCCAAGAAUCGUAUCAUUGUUGAUGUGGAUAAAAAGAACAACAUUAUUGCCAACGUGCAAUCUUCCACCCACGAACGUAAAUCCAAGACAGCCAUCUUUGUCAAGCACGGCAAGAUUUACUUGAAGCACAACUCUAUUGCAGAGGACAUUCCUGUUGCCAUCUUCCUCAAGGCACUGGGUGUUCAGUCAGAUAGAGAGAUCGCUCAAUUGGUCUGCGGUAAUGAUCAUGACCUGAACGAUGUGUUUGCCAUCAACAUUGAAGAAUCCUCUCGUUUGCGUGUUUUCACUCAAAUGCAAGCCUUGGAUUAUAUUGGUGCUAAAGUCAAAGUCAACCGUAAAUUAUCGACUGUGCGCAAAACACUGGCUGAAGAAGCAUUGGAAGUACUUGCCACUGUCAUUCUGGCCCAUGUGCCUGUCGAGAACCUCAAUUUCCGAGAAAAGAGUAUUUACGCUGCUGUCAUGAUCCGUCGUGUCUUGAUUGCCAUGACCGAUGAAGUGCAAGUAGAUGAUCGUGAUUAUGUGGGUAACAAGCGUCUGGAAUUGGCAGGUCAAUUGCUGUCCCUUUUGUUUGAAGAUUUGUUCAAAAAGUUCAACUCUGAUCUCAAGCUGAAUGCGGACAAGGUCCUCAAGAAACCUAACCGCACACAAGAGUUUGAUAUCUUUAAUCAGUUGGUGUUGCAUGGCGAUCAUAUCACCAGCGGGUUCAUUCGUGCCAUCUCCACCGGUAAUUGGGUAUUGAAGCGUUUCAAGAUGGACCGUGCAGGUAUCACACAAGUCCUGUCUCGUUUGUCGUAUAUCUCUGCUCUGGGUAUGAUGACUCGUAUCUCAUCUCAAUUCGAGAAGACCAGAAAGGUGUCUGGCCCAAGAGCACUGCAGCCUUCACAGUGGGGUAUGUUGUGUCCGUCUGAUACACCUGAAGGUGAAGCAUGUGGUUUGGUAAAGAAUUUAGCUCUCAUGACACAUAUUACAACCGAUCAAGAAGAAGAUCCUAUUCGUAAGAUUGCAUUCGCACUGGGUAUCGAGGACGUCAAUCUGUUGACUGGUGCAGAACUCUAUCAGCCCAACACCUUUAUUGUGCUCAUGAAUGGUGUUAUUUUGGGUGUCACUCGUCGUGUGCAACAGUUUGUGGGCAGCUUUCGUCGUCUGCGCCGUGCUGGCCGUGUCUCUGAAUUUGUGUCUGUGUUUGUCAAUACACAUCAAAGAACCGUCAACUUGUCUUCGGAUGGUGGCCGUAUUUGUAGACCUCUUAUCAUUGUCGAGAGCCAAAAGCCAGCAGUAACUCAACAACAUGUCAACGAUUUGAUUGCAGAGAAGCUGACAUUCGACGACUUUUUGAAGAUGGGCCUCGUAGAGUAUGUGGACGUCAAUGAAGAGAGUGAUUCCAACAUUGCAGUUUAUGAAAAGGAUAUUAUACCACAAACUACCCAUUUAGAAAUUGAGCCUUUUACUAUUCUUGGUGCCGUCGCAGGUCUCAUUCCCUAUCCCCAUCACAAUCAGUCGCCUCGUAAUACCUAUCAAUGUGCUAUGGGUAAGCAAGCUAUUGGUGCUAUUGGCUACAAUCAGUUGAACCGUAUCGAGACAUUGAUCUACUUGAUGGUGUAUCCCCAGCAGCCCAUGGUCAAAACAAAGACCAUCGAAUUGAUUGGUUACGAUAAAUUGCCUGCUGGUCAAAAUGCCACUGUGGCUGUCAUGAGUUACUCGGGUUACGAUAUUGAAGAUGCUUUGGUGUUGAACAAGUCUGGUCUGGACAGAGGCUUUGGUCGUUGUCAAGUGAUGCGUAAAUAUGCCAACCUGGUCAAACGCUACCCUAAUGGCACACACGAUCGUUUGGCAGAUCCUCCCGCUAGAGACUCGGACAUGUGGAAUGACAGUUUCGAUGCUAUUGAGCAAGAUGGUAUUGCCGGUGUGGGCGAACCUCUGGAAAUGGGCUCUGUCUUCAUUAACAAACAAACACCUGUCAGCAGCGGCAUCGAUGCUGGUGUGCCUGGGGCUGCUCAAAGUGUUGCUUAUAAACCUCAGCCCCAGCGUUACAAGUCGCCUCAAACGGGUUACGUCGAUAAGGUUCUCUUUACCACUACAGAGUCAGAUCAAACAUUAAUUAAGGUCAACAUUCGUCAAACACGUCGUCCAGAGUUGGGUGACAAGUUCUCUUCUCGUCACGGUCAAAAGGGUGUAUGUGGUAUCAUUGUCCAACAAGAAGAUAUGCCCUUCUCUGAUCUGGGUGUCUGUCCCGAUAUCAUUAUGAAUCCUCAUGGUUUCCCAUCUCGUAUGACAGUCGGUAAGAUGAUUGAGUUGUUGGCUGGUAAAGCAGGUGUGUUGGAUGGUUCACUACAGUACGGUACUGCGUUUGGUGGCUCCAAGGUGGAGGACAUGAGUCAGAUUUUGAUCAAUCAUGGCUUCAAUUACUCUGGUAAGGACUAUGUGACAUCAGGUAUUACCGGUGAGCCAUUGUCUGCAUAUAUUUUCUUUGGCCCCAUCUACUACCAAAAGUUGAAACAUAUGGUGAUGGAUAAAAUGCACGCUCGAGCAAGAGGCCCUCGUGCUACUCUCACUCGUCAGCCCACAGAAGGUCGUUCUAGAGAUGGUGGUCUUCGUCUUGGUGAAAUGGAGCGCGAUUGUUUGAUCGGUUACGGUGCUUCUAUGCUACUGCUUGAGCGUCUCAUGAUCUCUUCAGAUGCCUUUGAGGUCCAUAUCUGUGACAAGUGUGGUUUGAUCGGUUACUCUGGUUGGUGCCAAUACUGUAAGAGUUCCAAGUACAUGAAGACUAUGGAAAUACCCUAUGCUGCUAAAUUGCUUUUCCAAGAAUUAAUGGCAAUGAAUAUCUCGCCUAGAAUGAUCUUGGAAGAUGCCAUCUAA